GAGCAGUGUGACCAUACUAGUGGGACCCAAACAGCUGUGCGGAAAGAUAAAAAGAAAAACAACAUUAACAAUAAGCCCAGAGAGAGAGAAAGUUACUGUUAGUUUUGUUAACCGCUAAAACAAAGGCCAACGCGACGCAACGAGAAACCAGUUAUUUAUUACUCAAUAGCACACAGGCAGUCGAGCCGUAAGCCUCAUUGCAGACGCGACCAGCUGUAUCGACAGUCGGCCCUAAUUCGGAAAUCAAAUGGAAGUGACCUUCAAAAAGGCCCGAUUGGUAAAGCACACAAAUGCAACAGCGGCAGCAUCAGCAGACGCAGAAGAGUACACACCCAAUAAUGGGUGGUGGGCCUUGCCAGAGCCCGCCCUUCUAAUGAUCUUCGAGCGUCUGAAUGUGUUCCAGCUGCUGCAGGCGAGCUUGUGUUGCCGGAGAUGGCACAGCAUUGCCAACGAUGAUCUGUUGUGGCGUCAAAAGUUCCAGGAAAACUUCCGAGCCUCACCGAGCAUACCGCUGAAGCCAGGUGCCGACAGCUGGCGUUCGGAAUACCAGCGCCUGUCCACACACAUACCCUUUGUUCAGGCGCAGCGUCUGGAGCCGACGGUGGAGAACAAUCACGGACAUACGCAUCAGGUUCUACAUGUGAGCUUUGCUCACAACGGUGAGAUGUUUGCCACCUGCUCCAAGGAUGGCUAUGUCAUAAUAUGGAACUCGCAGCAUCCAUGCACGGAGAAGUAUGCGCACAAUAUGAAACAAUUCAGCUGGAAGUACUCUCAAUAUUCGCAGUUCAAUCAGAGUGACACACUGCUGCUGGUCUCAGGUGUGCACUUUGGAUCGCCGCAGUCCACGUCUGGAGAGAUAGCCGUGUUCUUUCUGGGUGCGACCGAGUCCCAUUUACGCUGCAGAGUGGUCAAUCGGCCGUAUGAUAUAUUUGGCACUUGGUUCAGUGAUCAGUAUUUGAUCUCGGGGGACCUGCAUUGGCUGGCCCAUUUGGUGAGCACAUCGGUGCUGUGGCUGAACAAGGCCAAUCAGGAGAUUGACUCUGAGCACGUGCCGAUCAUGAGCCAAUUGUACAAGUUCUACAACCGCAAUGCCAGCUCUGUGCGGGCCAUAAUGGUGGCCAGAUGUCCCUGGUUGGACGAGAGCAACGAUCCUUUGGCCAAGGUAGAGGCGGAGACGCGCAGUCCGACCUUUCCGUUUCCAUUAUCUAAUGAUGAGGCGCAGGGUUCGCAGGCCAGUGGCAAUCCUCUGUCGCAUGCCGCCAGCCUUAGGCGCACACGAAGUGCCACGCCGGAGGAGAACUUUUUGCCCGACAUAAGCGAGCGUCGGUCCAGAGCACGACCUGGCGAUGCGACCAUUCAUUACCUGGAGGAAUACAGAAAGGCUGUGGCGCCCACAAGCGAAGCCAACGAAGAGGAGGACGAUGAGGAGUACGACUCCAUGGAUGUGCAUGAGGAGUACGACGAAAUGGAGAAUAGCAUACCCAAGUAUCUGAUCUUUUCGACGGGCUCCAAGACAUUUACACCGCACCAGAUCGGCUUCAAGCGCAUUAGGAACGUUUACUUUCCCAAAAAACUGGACCCGGGGCCCUCGCUGAAGGAGCGAAUAGCAGCCAAGCGGGCCGCAGAGCAACAGCAGCAGCAAGAGCCACGCAAUGAUCCGGACUGGUGGGACUAUGAUUCCGUUAAAGAUCGCUUCGAUCAGGUGGACAAAGUCAUCGAUCUGCAUGGCCACAUCAUUGGCAUGGCGCUGAGUCCCGAUCAUCGUUAUUUAUAUGUUAAUACGCGCCCGUGGCCAAAGAACUAUGUGAUUACCAAUCCGCUGGAGCCGCCGCCAAUUGCACAGGAGAUCGAUAUACAUGUGAUUGAUUUGAUGACGCUGAAGCGAGUGGGCAAUAUGCUGCGCGCCCAUAAGGCCUACACGCCCAGCACCGAAUGCUUCUUCAUAUUCCUCGAUGUCUGUACGGAGUAUGUGGCCAGUGGGGCGGAGGACCAGCAUGCCUAUCUAUGGGAUCGCUACUAUGGCAUUAGUUUGGCCAAAUUCAAGCACUCGGAUGUGGUCAACAGUGUGGCCUUCAAUCCAAAAGACUCGGAGAUGCUCGUGACCACCAGCGAUGACUAUACAAUUAAGGUUUGGCGUUCACGGGCCAAGGCAAAGGCCUAUAAUAUACCCAUUAAUGUGAGCGAAUCUUUCGAGCUCAAGCCGAAGAAAUGAAGAUCGGCUAGCUAUAUAUGAACAAUAACCAUGUGCCUGCCCUGCCCUGCCCUACCCUGCCUCAGUAUGACAGAUGUUCAUAUACAAAAGUGGUUCGGUUCUUACUGCCGGAAAAUAAAUUGUUUGUUUAUAGCUGUUAA